GCUCUAUGGUUGACGGUGGCCGACGUCUGAAGAGUGGCGGGAGUAACCUCUUUUCCUACCCUGUUUUGUGGUAACUGCGGCUCUCUUUCCCAGUCAUCUGGCUGGGGAGGGCGCUUAGGCAACCGAACUCCACCGCAAAGCUGUUCUCUGCAGGAACAGGAGCAUCCUUUGAAGUCUGAUGCAAGGUGGACCAUGCCUCUCAUAACCACACAGGCUGAAGAGGAGAAUGAUUACAGCUUAGUGGCCAGCCUUGAUAAUGUCAGGAAUUUCUCUACCAUCCUCAAGGCUAUUCAUUUCCGAGAACAUGCCACGUGUUUCGCAACUAAAAAUGGUAUCAAGGUUACAGUGGAAAAUGCAAAGUGUGUGCAAGCAAAUGCUUUUAUUCAGGCUGGAAUAUUUCAAGAAUUUAAAGUUCAGGAAGAGUCCGUUACUUUUCGAAUUAAUUUAACUGUCCUUUUGGAUUGUUUAUCUAUUUUUGGAUCAAGUCCUAUGCCAGGGAUUUUAACUGCACUUCGGAUGUGCUACCAAGGUUAUGGUUACCCUUUGAUGCUAUUUCUGGAAGAAGGAGGAGUCGUAACCGUGUGUAAAAUCAAUACUCAAGAGCCUGAAGAGACUCUGGAUUUUGAUUUCUGCAGCACCAAUGUUACUAAUAAAAUUAUUCUCCAGUCAGAGGGGCUCCGUGAGGCAUUUUCUGAAUUGGAUAUGACAAGUGAGGUCCUACAAAUCACUAUGUCUCCCGACAAGCCUUAUUUCAGGUUAUCAACUUUUGGAAAUGCAGGAAGUUCUCACCUUGACUACCCAAAAGAUUCUGAUUUAAUGGAAUCAUUUCAGUGUAAUCAGACCCAAGUCAACAGAUACAAGAUUUCCUUACUGAAGCCCUCCACAAAGGCAUUAGUCCUGUCUUGCAAGGUGUCUAUUCGAACAGACAACCGAGGAUUCCUUUCAUUACAGUAUAUGAUUAGAAAUGAAGAUGGACAAGUAUGCUUUGUGGAAUAUUACUGCUGCCCUGAUGAAGAAGUUCCUGAAUCCGAGUCUUAACUAUGACAGUUCACUGUGAUAUUGAUGUAUUUAUCCAUGUAGGACAAGUCUCUUUUCUAUUUAUAGUACCCCCCACAACAAUUCUUUAUGGACUUUAUACAGGGAAGAAGUAUGGGAGAGAUAAGGACAAGGUCCCUGACCUUGACAGUAGUUAUGCACUUUGUAAUAUGUUUUCUUUUAGUUGCAGAUUACCCAUUUUUAGAUUCUUCUCUCAUUCUACUCUAGAAUCUGUGAAAUCAUUAUGAGCCAACAUAGAUAAAUUAUACAUUGUAUAUAAGUAGGAUAUUUUAAGAAUCUAAAAUUUUACUGUUUGAUAAAGUCAAAGAUCAAAUGUUCUAUUUAUUUACCAAUAGAAAAGUCAGCAGCCUGGAAAAUAAAUAUUUUCCCAUUUUCAAAAUUUUUCAGUGCUGUAAGUACUUAUUAGAUACUGCCUAUGUGUCUGUGAGAGUUUCUCAACCAAACUAAGGUGUAGAAAACCAGUUAAUUGAUUUUGUACUUUCUCAAGUAAUUUUUUAAUAAAUAUUUUAUGU